AUGGAUGAGCUUCUGGGCAUAAUAAUUGCUUUCCCAGGAAAAUUUCCUAUAAGCGAAGAGUUAAAAAACAGUAGUAACAUUAGUGAUAGAUAUUUGUAUAAAGUUUGGAAUAAUAUUGUUUUAAGAAAAGAAAUUCAUAAACAUAUUUUAAAGUUUAUUGAACAUAGGGUUGUAGAUCUUGAUAAAUCAAGCUAUCGUCAGUUUAAAGAUAAAUCAUAUAUAACAUCACUUAAGUGGUGUGAUGAUCCACUACCAAAAAAAAAUAAAUUUCCACCUUUUUUGACAAAUUUAUAUUUGUACACAAUACCAAAUAGUCUCACAACACUCAGACUCGGUCAUCCACUUAACAAAUCAAUUCUACCCGGCACAUUACCAAAUAGUCUCACAACACUCACAUUCAGUAGUGAUUUUAACCAAGUAGUUUCACCCGGUUCAUUACCAAAUAGUCUCACAACACUCACAUUCGGUGAUGAUUUUGACCAAGUAGUUCUACCCGGUUCAUUACCAAAUAGUCUCACAACACUCACAUUCGGUGAUUAUUUUGACCAAGUGGUUCUACCCGGUUCAUUACCAAAUAAUCUCACAACACUCACAUUCGGUGAUUAUUUUGACCAAGUAGUUUCACCCGGAACAUUACCAAAUAGUCUCAGAACACUCACAUUCGGUCGUGAUUUUAACCAAGUAGUUUCACCCGGAACAUUACCAAAUAGUCUCACAACACUCACAUUCGGUGCACUCAGAUUCGGUGUUAAAUUUAACCAAGUAGUUUCACCCGGAACAUUACCAAAUAGUCUCACAACACUCACAUUCAGUAGUGAUUUUAACCAAGUAGUUUCACCCGGUUCAUUACCAAAUAGUCUCACAACACUCACAUUCGGUUUUAAAUUUAACCAAGUAGUUUCACCCGGCACAUUACCAAAUAGUCUCACAACACUCACAUUCGGUUUUAAAUUUAACCAAGUAGUCUCACCCGGCACAUUACCAAAUAGUCUCACAACACUCACAUUCGCUUGUGAUUUUAACCAAGUAGUUCUACCCGGUGCAUUACCAAAUAGUCUCACAACACUCACAUUCGGUCGUGAUUUUGACCAAGUAGUUUCACCCGGAACAUUACCAAAUAGUCUCACAACACUCACAUUCGGUUAUGAUUUUAACCAAGUAGUUCUACCCGGAACAUUACCAAAUAGUCUCACAACACUCACAUUCCGUGUUAAAUUUAACCAAGUAGUUUCACCCGAAACAUUACCAAAUAAUCUCGCAACACUCACAUUCGGUGAUUAUUUUGACCAAGUAGUUUCACCCGGAACAUUGCCAAAUAGUCUCAGAACACUCACAUUCGGUCAUCAAUUUAACCAAUUAUUUUCACCCGGCACAUUACCAAAUAGUCUCACAACACUCACAUUCGGUCGUGAUUUUAACCAAGUAGUUCUACCCGGUGCAUUACCAAAUAGUCUCACAACACUCACAUUCGGUGUUAAAUUUAACCAAGUAGUUUCACCCGGAACAUUACCAAAUAGUCUCACAACACUCACAUUCGGUCGUGAUUUUAACCAAGUAGUUCUACCCGGAACAUUACCAAAUAGUCUCACAACACUCACAUUCGGUUGUGAUUUUAACCAAGUAGUUCUACCCGGUGCAUUACCAAAUAGUCUCACAACACUCACAUUCGGUUUUAAAUUUAACCAAGUAGUUACACCCGGAACAUUACCAAAUAGUCUCAGAACACUCACAUUCAGUGCUAAAUUUAACCAAGUAGUUACACCCGGCACAUUACCAAAUAAUCUCACAACACUCGCAUUCGGUGAUUAUUUUAACCAAGUAGUUUCACCCGGAACAUUACCAAAUAGUCUCAGAACACUCACAUUCGGUCGUGAUUUUGACCAAACUUCAAAAUAUUUUCAUUUCCCAUAUUAA